AUGGCCGAUAUGUCCCAGGCUCCAAUCAACGGCAACUACCCUGCUCAGCAUGGAUACCCGGCCUCUUUCAACCCCGCCCAUGCUGGCAUGAACACUGCUGCCAACUUCCAGCCUGCCCAGUCUUCCACUCCUACUACCGCCACUCCCACCGAACAGAAGAAUGAAAUCACCAAGGAUGAAGUGGGCUGGUUCUUUGUUGAGCAGUACUACACCACUAUGAGCCGUAACCCUGAUAAGCUUCCUCUGUUCUACUCUCGGCGAUCUCAGCUUGUUUUCGGCACUGAGGCUGAGUCCGUUCCUGUUGCUAUCGGCUCCAAGGCUAUCAAUGAGAAGAUUAAGCAGCUUGACUUCCAGGAGUGUAAGGUGCGCGUCCUGAACGUCGACUCCCAGGCCUCCUUCGAUAACAUCCUGGUCUCGGUCAUUGGUGAGAUCUCCAACAAGUCCGAGCCCUCCCGCAAGUUCGUUCAGACCUUCGUGCUCGCUGAGCAACCCAAUGGAUACUACGUGCUCAACGACAUUUUCCGAUACCUGGUUGAUGAGGAGGAGGAGUUCGUUGAGGAAGUUGCUGAGCCCGUCGUUGAGGCCCCUCAGGAUCCCGAGCCCACCCCCGCUGUUGAGGUUGAGGUCGCCGAUGAGGUUGCCGUCGCCAAGGUUGAUGAGAAGCUCGAGGACGAGACCAACGGUGCUGUUGAGGAGGAGGAGGAGCAGAAGCCUGAGGAGGUUAACGGAGCUCCCGUUGAGGAGGAAGCCGAGGCCCCCGUCCCCGCUGUUGAGGCUGAGGUCGUGGACACCGAGAAGCCCGCCACUCCCGAGCCCGCCCCUGUUCCCGAGCAGAAGGAAGCCCCUGUUGAGAAGGAGACCGCUCCUACUCCUGCCAUUCCCAAGACUUGGGCUACCAUUGCUUCUGCUAACAAGGCGGCCGCCGCUGCUGCUGCCGCUGCCGCUGCUCCCGUUGUUCCCGCUAUUCCCGCUGCUACUCCCAAGGCUGCUCCUGCUCCUGCUGCCCCUGCUGCUACUGCUACUGCUCCAGUUGCUGCUGCUCCCACUCCUGCUCCUGCUGCUGAGACUCGCUCUCAGGAUGCUUCCUCCAACGACAGUGCCGGCUGGCAAACCGCCGGUGCUGACCACAAGAAGACUCAGUCCCGUUCUGGUGAAGAGCAGACUGUCUUGGGUUACAUCAAGAACGUCACUGAGAAGGUUGACCCCGCCCAGCUCAAGCAGACUCUGUCUCGCUUUGGCAAGUUGAAGUACUUCGAUAUUAGCCGUCCCAAGAACUGCGCUUUCGUUGAGUUCGCUGAGCCUUCCGGUUACGCUGCUGCUGUUGCCGCCAACCCUCACCAGGUUAGCGGUGAGCAGAUCCUUGUUGAGGAGCGCCGCCCUCGUGGCAAUGCCUACGGCAGCAAUGGUUUCCCUGGCCGUGGUGGUUCUCGUGGUCGUGGAGACCGUACCGGCAGCCAGGGUCGUGGUGGCUUCCAGCGUGAAGGCCGCGGUGGCUUUGCUCCCCGUGGUCGUGGCGGCAAUGUUGCCUCCAAGGGCCGCAGCCAGGCCCAGGCUGCUUAA